AUGUGGUACAUUUUAUUCUGUGUUGUUGCACCUGGCUGUGUAGUGUCAGAAAUUAUAUUAUCAGAGAGGGUUCCAAUACACACGGAAAAUGACAUGUACGAGGUGGAUAUGGAUAACAGGAUCGUUGGUGGGGAGGAGGCUAACAUAAUCGAUCAUCCUUACCAAGUCUCAUUCAUUGUGAACAAUUCCUAUUUUUGUGGUGGAUUCAUUGUUAGCGAAAACUACAUAUUGACGGCUGGUCACUGCGCCCAAAACGUCGAUCCUUCAACUGUAGUUCUGAGAGCUGGUAGUUCGUUUCGUAAGAAUGGUACGAUUAUCCCAAUAGCUGAAGUAACACCACAUCCGGAAUAUGAUAAUCCUGCCUUUGAUAAGGACGUGGCGUAUAUGAAGACAGUUGAACCGAUCAAUUUCACGGACACGAUUAAACCGAUAAGCUUACCGCCUAAAAAUCGUAACCUAAAGGGUGAUAUUUUAGUCAGUGGAUGGGGAAGGAUGAAGCAAGGAGCGUCUUCAAUCCCGAAUAGAUUGAUGCAUGUCCAGUUACCGGUUGUAAACUUUAUACAGUGCUUCCUCGUGUAUCCGACAGUACUAACCAGAAACAUGUGGUGCGGUGGGAAUUUCUUCUUAGGCGGUGAAGGAACUUGUCAGGGUGAUUCGGGUGGCGCGGCGAUACAAGAUGGAAUGGCUGUUGGCAUCGUGUCAUUUGGCAGGGGCUGCGGUCAAGCCUUUUCGCCGAGCGUUUUUGCGGAUAUUGCGUCUCCAACUAUACGAGAUUUUAUAUCGGAACACACUGGACUGUAA